AUGCUGCUCGCCAACCGGACACAGCGAAGCAUCGCCGACCGCGUCCUGCCAUUCCGCUGGACGAUCAAGGACUUCGCUUUCGAGGGCGAUUCCCUCGUGCUGCGGCCCUGGCAAUACUUCGUCUCGGGCGGCGAACAGAACCGUCUGCUGGCCGAUCUGAAGGCGAAGAACGAGAAGUAUCCGCUUCAUCUGAAGAGUCUCAAGGCGAAGAACGAGAAGUAUCCGCUUCAUCUGAAGAGUCUCAAGGCGAAGAACGAGAAGUAUCCGCUUCAUCUGAAGAGUCUGAAGGCGAAGAACGAGAAGUAUCCGCUUCAUCUGAAGAGUCUGAAGGCGAAGAACGAGAAGUAUCCGCUUCAUCUGACUAGACCUAAGGAUAAGAACGAGAAGUAUCCGCUUCAUCUGAAGAGUCUGAAGGCGAAGAACAAGAAGUAUCCGCUUCUUCUGAAGAGUCUGAAGGCGAAGAACAGGAAGUAUCCGCUUCAUCUGAAGAGCGAAGAGCAGGAAGAACCCGCUUCAUCUGAAGUAACUGCAGCGGAAGGCGACUCGGAAGCAGGAGGCCUUUGUUCGUCCGGCAGGCUGUGCGUGCACGAGCAGGCGGAGCAAGAGGCCCCCAAGCCGAAGAGGCGCCUGCCAUUGAAGCUGAUUCUGGAUACCCUCAUCUGCCGCGAACCGCUGAUCGAGGCCCACGUCGGCGAGGCCUUCGAGUCUCUCUACCUGUGGGACGUGGCGCUGGUUCUGUUCGCGCUGCAGGAGUACGAGGGCGUGUGCCUCAGGACGCACGACGUGGGGGAGCUCAGACGGCGCUUUGCGGACGAGGCAGACAGCGUGCUCUUGUCUACGUCCCUCGAUAUCCUGGAACUCCUGCAGAACAAGAGAAGGCCGAAGCCAAAGCCCGAACCCACAUGGGUACAGAAAACCAAGAAGGCCAGCAAAGUACCCGAGUUGCAGUUGACCCUCGACAGCACCUACGGCUUCGUGGUGCUCCAGGGCGACCACCACACCAUCGCCCGCGGCACAAUACAGAACUACGAGAUCGUUUUCGACAAGUACGUCGCAAUCGCCAACAAGCACGGCCACGGAGGCCAGUCCCAGAACCGGUUCAUGCGCCUGGCCGAGCAGAGCAGACUGCUGCACCUUAAGAUCAUCUUCGAGCGCAUGGCUGAGAUCUUCCUCGACGAGGAGAACAAGUGCCUGGUGGAGAAGGUGAUCGUCGCCGGCCCGGGGCCCAUGAAGCUGCAGCUGCUGGAGCACUUGCCCAAGAGGUGGGUGGAGAUCAUUGACCCGAACCUCAUCACCAUCGACCACAUCGGCCUGGUGGGAAUGCAACAACUGGCGGAGAUUCUGACGGAGAGGUGCAAGGGCAUAUCAAAGGCCGAGGAUCAGCGGCAGAGGCAGAGAGAUCGGAAGGAGGGGCGGAAGGACGUGAAGGGGCAGCAGCGCGGGGGCGGCAGGAAGGGGCGCCAAAACGACUCCUCGAGGAAUAGCACUAACGAGAGUUGGAGGAACAGAACCAAAGGAAAGAGAACUAGAGGGGAAAUCGAUGAUGACAAUGGCAGAGCACCUCUC